AUUGAGUUGAUAAUGGAGGCGAUUCACAAAAACAGGAAUUUGCAGUACAAGAAGACCAUGGAGGCCAAGCGGCUCUACGAGCAGCGCUGCAGGGACAAGGAUGAGGCAGAACAGGCUGUGCACCGCAAUGCAAACCUGGUGACGCAGAAGCAGCAGGAGAAGCUGUUCCUUAAGCUGGCUCAGACGAAAUCAGCUCUGGAGGACUCUGAUAGGAGUUACCAGCAGAAUGUUACCACACUGGAGAAGAUCCGGGAAGAAUGGCAGAAAGAGCACAUCAAAGCUUGUGAGUUCUUCGAGACUCAGGAGUGUGAGCGGAUCAACUACUUCCGCAACGCCCUUUGGCUUCAUGUCAACCAGCUCUCCCAGGACUGCGUCCAGAACGAUGAGAAAUAUGAGGAAAUCCGGAAGAGUUUAGAAAUGUGCAGCAUCGAGAAGGAUAUUGAUUUUUUUGUAAAUUUACGCAAAACUGGAAGUUUGGCCCCGGCUCCUGUUGUUUAUGAAAACUACUAUAACACCCAGAGAAAUGCAACUCCUGUGAGAAGUCCGGUUCCUGUACCUAUAUCAAGGAGGGGACCUCUACCCACCCCGACCAGUGUGCCAGGUGAGCCGGACUAUGCCGCAGUCGAUGGCUACAGCUUGAUACAUCACUAA